AUGGUAUUGAAGUCCAUAAAGAAGAAGAAGACCCGCAGCAAGUACCAAUGCCUGUCUGCACCACCAAUAACUCACACAUACAGCAUUGAAGAUUUCUACAUGAGCCAGAACGUGGGCCAGGGCCCGAAUAGUAUUUCGGGCUUCCGUGGGGCCCAUUACCGGAGGUACAGCUCGGCCCACGUAGCGGGCCACGGUGGUGAGGAUGAUCAUCAGUUUGCUGCUGAUUCGAAUAAGCCCAAGAAGCUUGUGAGGUUUAGGAGUCACAGGUUGUUUUCUUGUGUCAGUGGUGCUGCUGCUUAA